UCUCCUGUGCCAAUUUAUGAUGUAUAUGUUAUCAUGGGUGUUUAUAUAUUAAAAUAUAGCUAGCAUUCAUCAUUAUAUGGAGUACAUUAAUGGUUUCAGAUAUCCAUGGGGGUUCUUCAACUGGGGUCCCCAACAGUUGAGAGGCACUGUAAUCUACUUACUCCAAUAAAACAGAAAGGAAACUGAGGAUGGAGAGGUUUGAAGCCACCAGUCCAAGGUCAUACAGCCCACAAGUGGCAAAUUCAAGGCAGCACCCCCAACCCAUGCCUUCCUGUUCUGUCCAAGCAUCAAUGGAUUACAUCCAAAAAGCCUGUUCAGAUCUCUCUCACCCAGGAGAGCUGCUUCUCUUUCCCUACUCAGGAUAUCUGGCAGUCCAGCUGUGGAAAGCCAGGACACAGGCCAUUAGCGCUGAAGCCCACGCAUGCUGCUGCAUACAUAGAUGAGGGGCUUAGGACAUGCUGGUUUGGUGGAUGCAGGAGAUGAAUGACUGCUUCUACCUUACAGGUCUGCUCUCAGAGUUGAAGCUGGCUGUGCCCUGGGGCCACAUUGCUGUCAAAGUCUGGGGCUCCCAGAAGAACCCUCCAGUUCUCUGCCUGCAUGGCUGGCUGGACAAUGCCAACUCCUUUGACAGGCUCAUUCCUCUUCUUCCACAAGGUGGGCUAUGGACUGAGGGGCAGUGGAGGGGUGGAAACUGCCAUGCAGACCCCUUUCUCGUUCUCCUCUCUGCUGCAGGUUUUCAUUAUGUGGCCAUGGACUUCGGAGGUCACGGGCUCUCGUCCCAUCACCACCCAGGGUUCCCAUAUUACCACCAAAGUUUUGUGAGUGACGUCCGGCGGGUGGCAACAGCCUUUAAAUGGAUCCAGUUCUCCAUCCUGGGCCACAGUUUCGGUGGCACCGUGGGCAGCAUGUUCGCCUGCACCUUCCCCGAGAUGGUGGACAAACUUAUCUUACUGGAUACAACACCUUUUGCCCUGGACUCUAAUGAAACAGAGAACAUCCUGACCUACAAACGGAGGAACAUAGAACACAUGCUGAAGGUGGAAGCUUCCCAGAAGUCCCCAAGGGUGUCCAGCCCUGAGGAGCUUUUGCAAGGGUUCCUGGCUAGCAACAACCACUUAAGUAAAGAGUGUGGGGAACUCCUGCUGCAGAGAGGAACCACGAAGGUAGACACAGGUCUGGUGCUGAACAGGGACCGGAGGAUCUCUCUGCCAGAGAACGUCAUUGACUUUGUCAGCAAGGAGAUGUUUGCCUAUUAUACCAGAAGCCUGCAGGCCAAUGUGUUGCUCAUCAAAGCAACACAGGGGUACUUUGAUGUGAGACGAGAGAAUGAUGCGAACAAGGAGCCGCUCCUCCUCAUCCUGGACAUGCUAAGAGCCAUCUUAAAGGAGCGGUUCCAGUAUGUGGAAGUCCCAGGCAAUCACUAUGUCCACAUGAAUGAGCCCCAUCUUGUGGCUGGAUUCAUCAGCUCUUUCCUACAGAGCCAACCCAGGACCUCUUCAAGGCUGUAGCUCUGGCCUUGGAGCUGUU